AUUCCACCUCCCUCAUCCUCUCUCUGUCACAGUGGGAGAGCUGCAGACAGACAGAGGCAGCAUACACUAUGUUACUAUAUUUGACAGGACACACACAUACACACACAAACACACACACAUAUUCUCCUGCCACAUGCACGACUGCACACACAUACGGAAAAGAAGAAGGGGAGGUGGGGGCACAAACACACACACACACAGACCGGAAAGACAGCCCUCAAGUGUACAUGUGUGGAUAAAUACACAACACACACACACACACACACACACACACACACACACUCAGACGCGUGCUGAGUGCAGGAAUCACAAACAUAGCGACACACAGAAGGGCUAGCGCAUGACGCCAGCAACCUAACGCUGUUGUCUCUCUCUCUCUCUCUCUCACACACACACACACUCCGUCUCUCUCCUUUUCACACACACUCACUCCUCUCAGACACACGGCAGCGCACAAGCCAGCGAGCAGGACGGCGCUGGACGUAUCAUUCAUAUAGGGAAUAGAUCCGAAGGAAAGGAUUAACUAUCUCCAUCCCUCUCCCCUCUACGGACCUUAUCCUCUCUUCCCUCCUCUUGUGUCUCUAAGCCUCUCUUCACCUCAUUUUUUUUCUACAAUCCCUCAUUUUUUUCUACACAAUCCCUCCUUUUUUCACAAUUCAUUGGUGGGUUGAAGGGGAAGCUGGGGGGGAUUGUCUCUAUACAGAAAGGAGGAUUAUUCUCAUAUUAAUCAUUUGACCAGGAUCUUGAAUGUAUGGAUUUCUUUAACUGAAGAGGUGGCUAUUUUUCUUCAAUGUUUUGACCUGUGAGAGAUUUUAAAUUUUUGUCUUUAUUUUUUUUUUUUCUGGGGGGAAUAUUUUGGGGGGGAAUGGCUGAUGGCAGAAAGCUAUAAGGCUGGUACUGUCUGAGAUAUUUGGUCAAAAGGUGUUUUGGUGUAGUUUUUUGCAGUCACCGCCCUAGUGGAGGCUGCAGGCAUGGCGGCUUGACGCCCCCAUAGCCCCGCCCCUCCGACAGAGGAAGGCUGCAGAGCAUUGUGUCAUGCUACCCCCCACCUGCCCCCCUGGGGGGACUGGCCUGCCCCCACCCAGCUCUACCACCCACCACCUGGCCAGACCUGUCUUCCUCUGUGUCCUCUGCGUCCUGGCAGCGCUGCUGCCAGCAGCCUCCUCCUGCCCUCCUCCCUGUCUUUGCUACUCAGAUGGCCUGGUGGACUGCGGAGGCCGGGGUCUCUCGUCCCUGCCUCCCCUUCACAUCCUGCCUCCGGGGAGCCGCUCCCUCCUGCUAGCCAACAACAAGCUUGCCUCGCUGGGAGCCUCUGCCUUCGCUAACCUCUCCUCUCUGGAGGAGCUGGACCUCUCUAAUAACUACCUGGAUAAUUUACCAGCAGGAUUAUUCAGAGAUAUGUCCAACUUGACAAAACUGACUCUGCACAACAACUCACUAACAGUAAUGGACAGAGAACUCUUCCAGGGUUUGGGGGGUCUUCAGAGUCUGGAUCUGUCCCUGAACGGUCUGUCGUCUGUUCCUCUGGGGCUACUGGAUGAGCUGCAGAGCCUCAGGUGGCUGUCUCUAGCGGGUAACAGGCUUCAGGGUUUGGAAAGGGCAGCGUUUGAGCCGCUUGCCAACCUACAACACCUGGAACUGGGACACAACCCCUGGGAAUGUGACUGCAACCUCCGCGAUUUCAAACACUGGAUGGAGUGGUUGCUGUACAGAGGUGGUAAGGUGGACGCGGUGGAGUGCACGCUGCCGAAGGAUCUGCGUGGGCGAGACAUCCGUGGGGUUCCAGUGGAAAUGUUCAACUACUGCCUCCAACUUGAAGAUGAGAACGGAGGUGGAGGAGGUGAGGGUUCCCGUUCUGGACAAGGAGGCGGUCCUCCCUGCAGCAGGAAUGCACUUAGCCCCAGUGGGGCAACACCAAUUUCUGACAACAGCAACACUGGGGAUGACUCCUCUUCAAACACAGGAGGUGGAGGAGGCGGAGAGGCCCCGGCAGAUUGCGUUCGGGCCCGUUACCGGCCUGUGAGUGUGCGCCGCGCCAUCGGCACCGUGGUGAUUGCUGGUGUGGUGUGCGGCAUUGUUUGCAUCAUGAUGGUUGCAGCUGCGGCUUACGGCUGCAUCUACGCCUCGCUGAUGGCCAAGUACCAGAGAGAGUUGAAGAAGAGGCAGCCACUGAUGGGCGAUGGAGAGGGAGACGGGGAGGAUAGGGAGGAGAAACAGAUCUCCUCUGUGGCCUAGGGCAGUGACGGGACGUGGGGGGGGGGCUUGUCAAAGGGUGAAGGUUCGAAGGGGCAAAAAUUAUAAGGGCUCGAAGAGGAGAGAGAUGGAAGAGCUCGUUUUAUGCACAAUGAAAGUUAUGGUACCUUUCCCUCUGACUCUCAAACUGACACCUUUCUCCCGCUUUUUGUCUUCCUUUCUUGGCCCUCUUUCUAUUUUUAACCUUCUCCCUCUCUGUCCCUCUCUCUAACACACUCCCUCACAUACCUUAUCUGUUCCCUGAUUUUCUCCUCCAUUUAGAGCCUUUACUCACUGCAGCAUUUGUUACCAGUCAUCCCUCCAACUCGCCUACCAACCACCUACUGCUGCUCUUGGCUGCUGCUGAAUUUACCAUUAUAUUGGCAGAGAGAAAAAAAAUAUUUGGUACUCUCUCUAGUAUGAAACAUAUCAUUUAAGCUGUUACAAGGUACGAUCAGUCAGUAUUUCUAAAACUGGAUUGAAUUUUCAGGGAUAUACAGUAUAUAUGGUGUUGACUGGACCAACAUUCACAACAAUGAGAAGAAUUUGUGGUAUUAGGUAGUGCCCAGCUCUUGUUUUGUUUGCAUCUUUCUCCUCCUCAACCUCUCAAAAGCCAAUAGUUUCUACAAAAAACCAGGACCCCAAUCGAGAUCCCUUCACCCUUGUCCGGCCUAAUGCUCCUCUGACAUUCCCUUGGACCUUAAAGUCUCAACAGACAGUUAUGGAAACAGACAGUUACGGAAAGUUUGGGGGAAAUGACAGCAACGUUGUGGAUAAACAUAAAGAGAUGUCAUUUCUAUAGUCAUCAUCUACUGGGGAUACAUACAGAUAAUAUGUUGAUAGGAAAUCAAACAUCGUCUCCUGGGUCUUGUGUCUCCUGAGACUUGUUAGGGAUGUACUAAGGAACAGGAAACCAUUUGGAUGGACAAAAUGAUCAUUCAUGGAUUCAAAUACAUGAUUUCAGAGACAACGGUUAGAUAUUCUGCCCUAUUUGAACUGGAACUGUUUCUCUCUGGAUUUUCUCUGGACCUAUAACAUCUUCCAGGUGUCACAGACUGGAGCUGUGCAAGAGAUUCUACAAUGAAUCUUAUCCAUAUGUUCGAUGGGGAACAAACCAUUUUAACUGGAAUUUGAAUUUGCUGUAUUUGUCACUUUUCCGCAGAAUAAGGUUCUUGCUUACUUGAUGCUUGUUCAAUGAUUAUGGUCAGUAUAUGGUGAAAAAGCGAUCAAACUAAUUUUCUGGUAUUUUUUGGACUAUGCUUCUGGUUCAGAAAAGUGUUGAGAUUUAAAGGACCACAGACUUUGCUUGAAAGCAGAUCUUCUUUGAUCAGAGCUCAUUUUCAGACGAUUUCACCCCUCAGAGGUGAAUGUUUGCUACUUUGGCAUGGAAGCACUAUCUCAGAGAACCCUGUCUCCUGGCAAGGACUACAGAAAUUCAUCUAAGGACUACAAACUUCAGACUCCUGCACUUUAUUUCCCUAAUCAGAUCCUCUCUGGCCUCCCUCUCCCUCCUCCCUUCCCUCUCUUUCUAAAAUGGACGAUUUGCCCAGAGGGAUUACAAUGAACAAGGGAUUAAACAAAAAGACGCUGCUAUUCCCCCCCCUCCUCCUCCUCCUUCUCAUCCCUUUAUCUCUCCAUCCAUCUUUCCAUCCAGUGCUAUUUAUGGAAAGUUUUUCACUCUUCCUUUAAGACCACCUCCUUUCUUUCCUUUUAUCAAUCCCUUCUCCCAUACUGUUGUCCUUGUGUUGUUUCUGAAAGGCCAGCAAUAUGCAAUGGAAGGUGUGUCACCAUAACAUCAACAUUUUGUUACUGCCAAAGAGCCCUUAUGCUGUAAACUUAGUAAACAUCACUUAAUCGAGAGGAGUCUGUUUGAUUCACACGCUUUGUCAGUGCAUUCACAAAACAGGUUAGUUUGUUUGCUUUACAUAGUCUUUUCAUAAACAUCCCUAUUUAUGACCUGAAAUAUUUAUGUAAGCUUUAACAUUGUGCUGUCCUGUCUACAUAUCUCAAAAAUCGGGCUUUCAUUGCAUAUUGCUCCCCUACAGUAGAACAAUUGUUCCCUCUCAAUUUCUAAUUGGAAAUAAUAAUGGAAAUAAACUUAUAUUAAUAGUGUGUUAUCUUAUACCUGGGUAUAAUGCAGAUAAAUAUUAUUAUAUUAGUCUCUAAUAUGGUGUGUUGGCCCAGCGAUCCCCAAAAUGUUUUUGAUGUAACUGUUUAUUGUUUUUCUGUAUCAAUUCAUGAUGUACGUCUUUUGUUGUGUUGAUGACUUCUAUGUUUUGUUUUAAGUUUUAAUAUCUCUGUAAUGUUUGUUUAUUCAUCGUGUUCAUUUAUUUGUAUUUAAGAGUUGGUAACGUUUCUGCAAGAGGCAUAGAGAGAGUUUGACCAUUGAGAAUAAAAAGGGCCCCAUACUGCUGCCUCGUCUCUGAAAUUUAUCAGGGUGACAUUAUUUACCAUAGAAUCACAUAGGCGACAGGUAAACUUAUUGUUUAAAUAGGAUUUUAUAUUUUAUUUAGUGCAACUUAUUUGAAAUAGCUGCAUUAGCAGUUAUAGAGAAAAAUGCUCCCCAUGUUGUAGUUGUCAAGAUAUCAGACAGAACAUUCACAUCUACAAGAGUGAGAUUUUCAGUUGGUUACUAUUUUUACAAACAUGAUUAACUAGUAUAGGUGAGCUGUCACAAAGAUAAGACAACUUAACCAAGUGGGAAAAGCUUUAGCGAAAGGUUAUUAUCCUGGUUAUAUAAUAAUAUUGUCAAGGCUAAAUCCUUGUAUGUCAAGAGCCAUGAGAUUAGGAAAAUCAGUGUUGAAGACACACUCUUAUACCCACCACCUUUACAUUUUGUGUAACAUAAUGAGCAUUACAGUACUUCAUGCAUCAGAAUAGCCAAAUAUAAAUAUUAUUGGUAGACGACUGAGCUGGUGGGAAUUGAGGACGCAAAAAAAGUUAUUAUUUGAUCCUUCAGUUCAGUAAUGAUCAAGUCUGAUUUGCAAAUUAAGUUAACAAUGGUCACCUCACCGAUGUAAAGAAAUAGAGAAGUUGAGCUGGUCAAAAUAAUUUGGAGAUGACAUGUUCAAAAACGUAGCAAAGUAAAGUGAUAUUUUGAAGGGAUUUAAAUGAGACAUUCAAACAUAACCAUGAAUUUCACAGGGACUCUGGGGCAGUAAUUGAAAAAAAAAGCAAUGGUUAAACUCUGUCUAUGAAUGUAGAAACACUGUCCUCUCAUCCCCUGGUCUGCAGGUCUUGUGUUGGUAGCUAAGUAUCUUAGCUAGCUGAAACAUGUUCAUAUAGCCUGUGUGUGUAAAGAAUAAUAAAUUCUAGUUUGUUACGUAAAACUGCAGCAGCCAUGAUGACUGAGGGCCUCAAAGACUACAAUGCCCAGAAAUCUAUGGUGUGUUGUGUUAUUAUGAUGAUUGUUAUAAUGACAAUGAUGAUAUGAUGAUGAUGAAGCAUUUCCUGGUCAAUAUGCAUUGAUUUAAAUAAAAACAUAUCACACUUAUGUCAAAUUUA